GACGUGAAAGUAUGAUUAUGUGUAUUCAACGCUACAGUAAAUCAUAUUUAUUCGUUUAUUAAUUGCUUUGUUGAACACCAUCAUUGUGGUUGAUCAAUGAACUUGCUUGAGAUCAUUUUGCCAAUAGCCAUUGAUAUAAAUCUAUUUGUGUUUGUAUUCAUUCCAAUCAGAUUUCACACAAUAUUUAUCCAUCUGUGAACCAUUAGAACGAAAAAAAGUCAAUUAUUAGUAAUAAAAAAUCAUUUGAUAAAAUAAAGUCGUGAUGUUAGUAGAACGAAAAUUUUAUUUUCCCAGUUUGUUACAGUGUUUAUUGAUUAUCUGUGUUCUAUUAAUUCGAUUCGAAAAAUGCUCAACUAAACCUUUAUCUUCAAAAAUGUGGGAUUUGGAGCUUGGUUCACCAAAUCUUGGAAUCUCAAACACUUACACACCCCAUCGAUCACGACGAGCAGCAAAAUGGUCUACAACACAUAUUAAAUGGAGUUUCAACGAAACGGGAUUUGAAUUUGUCCGAACGAAAGAUGUGAAUGUUGAGAAUGUAAUGCAAAUUUUUAGUGCCGCUUUCAAAGUAUGGGAAACAUAUACAUGCUUAACAUUUCGUCAUGUGAAUAAUCUUAUUGAUGCUGACAUAGAGAUCAAGUUUGAAAGAGGCAACCAUGGUGAUGGAUAUAACUUCGAUGGAAGUGGAACGAAUGUGGAUGGGCAAAGCUACACAAAUGUGGUGGCGCAUGCAUUUUAUCCCGGUUACGGAAGAGGUGGUGAUAUACACUUUGACGUAGAUGAGAAAUGGGACUUUACAAUUUACAACGGACAUUAUAAAAUCAAAGAUGGGAUGAAGAAUCUCAAAACGGUUGCCGUGCAUGAGAUUGGUCAUUCGAUAGGAUUACCCGAUACAAAAGUCAUAGACUCGGUUAUGUUUGCUGCUUACUCCCAUCCUUGUCGACUGGAGCAGCUUUAUAAAUAUGAUGUUGAAAAUAUUCAAUGGUUGUAUGGUUGUGCAAUGAAGAAAACUCCACAGCCAAAAUGCCCAAAAGAAACAGUCGACUAUGGAACACCGGAAAAAACACUUGAUGUUUGCGAUAUCAAAUAUGAUUCCAUCAUGAUAUUUCGAGGAGAAAUUUUCAUUUUCAAAGAUCAAUAUUUUUGGCGUGUAAAUGACAACGGAAAAGUGAUAGACCAAGGUGCACCCAAGAUCGAUGGAAUGUUCAAUGGGUUACCAGCCAAUUUGACAAGUGUAGAUGCCGUGUACGAAAGAAACUUUGGCACAAAAUCCAGUGGUAUUACAAUUUUUAUAGGUAAAUAUGUUAUACACAUUCUAUGAUGAUGGAAUGCACUAACAAAAAUCGUAUUUUCCACCACAAAGGCGAAACGUGUUACCAUUAUAAUUCAAACAACCAGUUGACUCAUACUUCCAACUUGUCGCAAAUGG